AUGAGUGGAAAAGGUGCCAAAAAGAACGCCGUGUCGUCUAAGGGCCAGAGAAUUGCCAUCGUCAGCGCUGAUAAGUGCAAGCCCAAGAAAUGCAGACAGGAAUGCCGUAAGUCUUGUCCCGUGGUGAAGACUGGUAAGUUGUGUAUCGAGGUCACGCCAGCUUCCAAGAUCGCCUUCAUCUCCGAGACCUUGUGUAUCGGUUGUGGUAUAUGUGUGAAGAAAUGUCCCUUUGAUGCCAUCACCAUUAUCAAUUUGCCAACAAACUUGGAGGCCGAGACCACCCACAGAUACUCUGCCAACUCGUUCAAGUUGCACAGAUUGCCUACGCCUAAGCCUGGUGAGGUGUUGGGUUUGGUCGGUACCAACGGUAUCGGUAAGUCCACUGCCUUGAAGAUUUUGGCCGGUAAGCAGAAGCCCAACUUGGGCAGAUACGAUGACCCUCCAGACUGGGAGGAGAUCUUGAAGUACUUCAGAGGUUCUGAGUUGCAGAACUUCUUCACCAAGGUGUUGGAAGACGACAUCAAGGCUAUUAUUAAGCCACAGUACGUUGAUAACAUCCCUAGAGCUCUUGCCAAGUCUCCAGUGAAGGAUGUUGCCGGUACUUUGAAAGCCAAGUGUGCCAGACAAGACUCUUGGGACUACAUAAUGAGACUUUUGGAGUUGGACCCUGUUAUGAAGAGAGACGUUGCUCAGUUGUCUGGUGGUGAGUUGCAGAGAUUCGCUCUUGCGAUGACCUGCGUUCAGGAUGCUAAUGUCUACAUGUUUGACGAGCCAUCUUCCUAUUUGGAUGUCAAGCAGAGAUUGAGAGCUGCCGAGUUGAUCCGUUCCCUUUUGGACCCAUCCACCUACGUUAUUUGUGUGGAGCACGAUUUGUCUGUUUUGGAUUACUUGUCGGACUAUGUCUGUAUCUUGUACGGUGCUCCUUCCGUGUACGGUGUGGUUACUUUCCCAGCCUCUGUCAGAGAAGGUAUCAACAUCUUCUUGGACGGUUUCCUUCCAACCGAGAACAUGAGAUUCAGAGAAGAAACUUUACAGUUUAAGUUGGCCGAUGCUGCCGAUGGUUUGAUCUUGGAUCACUCCACUGCCUUGCAAUACCCAACCUUGGAGAAGACACAGGGUGAUUUCCACUUGAAGGUUGAGGAGGGUGAAUUCACCAACUCCGAAAUCUUGGUCAUGUUCGGUGAGAACGGUACCGGUAAGACUACUUUCUGUAAGAUGUUGGCUGGCGCCUUGGCUGCCGACAACGGUGUCGAGGUUCCCAAGUUGAACAUCUCCAUGAAGCCCCAGAAGAUCGCUCCAAAGUUCCCUGGUACUGUCAGACAGUUAUUCUUUAAGAAGAUCAAGGCCGCCUUCUUGAACCCACAGUUUCAGACCGAUGUGGUGAAACCACUCAAAAUUGACAACAUUAUCGAUCAGGAAGUCCAGACCUUGUCCGGUGGUGAGUUGCAGAGAGUUGCCCUUGUGUUGGCUCUCGGUAUCCCCGCUGAUAUUUACUUGAUUGAUGAGCCAUCUGCGUACUUGGAUUCCGAGCAGCGUAUCGUUUGUUCCAAGGUUAUCAGAAGAUUCAUUUUGCAUGCUAAGAAGACUGCAUUCAUCGUCGAGCACGAUUUCAUGAUGGCCACCUACUUGGCCGACAGAGUGAUUGUGUUCGAGGGUACUCCAUCGAAGAAUGCCCUCGCCAAGGCUCCUGAGUCCUUGUUGACUGGCUGUAACAGAUUCUUGAAGAACUUGAGUGUCACUUUCAGAAGAGAUCCAAAUUCUUUCAGACCAAGAAUCAACAAGAGAGACUCUCAGAUGGACAAGGAGCAGAAGGCUGCUGGCAACUACUUUUUCUUGGACAACUCUGAGUUGUAA